AUGUCUCAACCUGAGGAUGACGUUGACCAACAAGUCACUGAUUGGUCGCUCGAUCAUGAAGGGUACUGCAGUGAUGAGGGGGUUGCUGGUGAUGAUGGGAAAGAGAAGGAGAAGGAUGUUGCUGCUGCUGCUGCUGAUGGAGAGAAGGAGAAAGAGGUCAUCGAUCUAGAUAGUGAGGAGGGCAAGCAGAGAAAGGAGAUGUCAACUAGAUCAACAAUUUGGGAGCACUUCAUCAAAAUCAAAGAGAAUGGUGUGGUGGUGAAGGGAAAGUGCAAGUAUUGCAAUGCCGAGAUCAAAGCACAUCCAGUUCUUAAUGUGCAAGAUGGUUUGAAAGAAUUAGAUAAUUCUAUCAAGCGUAUAAGGGCUGCCAUUAGAUUUGUCAGGGCUGGUACAUCGAGAUUGGUCAAAUUUAAAGAGAUUGCUCAAUUGGAGAAAGUGGACAGCAAGGCAUUCUUGAACCUUGAUAUAUGCACAAGGUGGAAUUCAACAUAUGAUAUGCUAGCAGCUGCCUGUACAUAUGAAAAGGUUUUUGCAAGAUAUCCAGAGGAAGAUCCAUACUAUACAAUUGAAUUGCUCAGUGAGGUUAAGCUGGGUGUUCCAGGUCCGGGAGUUCCAGAUGAGCACGAUUGGGAAAAUGCAAGGAAACUAGCUGAGUUUUUGAAGAAUUUUGCCAAUAUAACAAGACGUGUUUCAGCGUCCUUAAGUGUGACUGCUCACACUUACUUUCAUGAGAUUUUAGAGGUCAAUGCUUUGGUGAAUGAGUGGCUGAGUAGUGCUGAUUUUAUCCAACAAGACAUGGGGAAGAGAAUGAAAGACAUGUAUGACAAGUAUUGGGGGCACUGGCAUGAUAAUUUGGGCUUGCAAAAUGAGAAGGGAAAGGGAAAGGAGAAGGAGAAGGAAAAUAUUAACUUGCUGAUUUUUAUUGCUGCUGUACUUGAUCCUAGGUAUAAGCUUUCACAGUAUGUACAAAUUGCAAUAGAGGACAUGUACGGUGAGGGUGUUGGGCAGAAAGUUUGGGCUGCCAUUACCAAGUGCUUGCAUGAUCUUUUUGAAGAAUAUAGGGUCAAGAAUUCUUCCCCAACUAAUGUCAACUCUGAACCAAAUGAUUCAACCCAAUCUAAACAAGGUGGAGAUAGUCCUAGAAAGGCGAGGAGUAACAUUGUAAAGAGGAUGAAGCUAAAUAGUGGAGUAGGCAGUUCCAGUAGGGGCAGCAGGACUGAAUUGGAUAGGUAUUUGGCUGAAGAGUGUGAAGAAGAUGUCAAAAAGUUUGAUAUUCUUGCUUGGUGGAAGGGCCAGUCCACUAGAUUUCCCAUACUUUCUAAAUUAGCUCGUGAUGUGCUCGCUAUCCAAAUCUCUACUGUUGCUAGUGAAUCAGCCUUUAGCACAGGUGGGCGUGUAUUGGAUGAUUUUAGGACUUCGCUCACUCCAUUUAUGGUUGAAGCUCUUGUUUGUACUCAAGAUUGGCUUAGAAGGGCAACUCCCAUCCCUAUGUCAGAAAAUACAGAAGAGUUAACUACAUUAGAAGAAGGUAAUGCUCUAUGGCUCUAUGUCAUUUAUUUUGCUUGA